AUGAUGUACAGUGAUCCACACCAAAUUGAGGAUCAAGACACCAUAACUUGUAAUUAUGCAAAUACCAGGAGCUUAAGAUGCCAUGUUCAAUACCAGGUGCCAGAUAAUAAAUCUAUAGUGUCUAUAGUGUCCCGGUACGAACACAAGACCCCACAACCAAACCCACAACACUACCAACACCACCCAACCUCACAACCACCCCACCAUCCCUCACAACCCCCAACCCACACCCACAACCCCGCAAAACCCCCACGACCCCUUAUUCCACUGAGGGCCCCAACACCACCCAUAACCACAACCACCCCACCAUCCCUCACAACCCACAACCCUAGCCCACACCCCACAGACCCCUUAUUCCACCGAGGACCCCAACACCACCCCAUAACCACAACCCCACCCCAUCCCACACAUACCCAACCCCGCAAAACCCUAGCGACCCCUUAUUCCACCGAGGGCCCCAUCACCCCCCUUGUACCCCCUCCCCCGGCUCUCACCCGCCAGCGUCCAGACCCCGUUAAGUGGACCGGCAAGUGGAGAGUAAGUGGAGACAGAGUGGUAUUCCAGCGUGGGGGCGCGGCGGGCGUGUCCCUGGCCUGA